UCUCUUUUAGUGUUUCAAAUACGAAACUAUGCAGCCCCAGUUAAAAAGGAAUCCUUUUCAAGGGACAAACCUCAUGUGAACAUUGGAACCAUAGGUCAUGUGGAUCAUGGAAAGACAACUCUUACAGCAGCAAUCACUAAAGGUGUGGAACAGUGGACAAUGCUUCCACAAAUCUGGUUUUUCACUGCUAUUGUUUAUUUUGAUUCCAGAAGUCUUUGUUUAUUCCUGUGAUCACUGACACCAGGGGUUUCAAAAUAGGCUACUGAUUGUUGGAGGUCUGCUGGCCCAACUCCCAUGAGUGGCCAAGACAGAAUUUCUCCUUACAAUAUCAAUACAAUAUCAACCAGAUGAGUGAUGAGAAUAAAGAAAAAUAUAAAUUUGGGGAUAAUUUAUUGAUCCAAUAUUAAAUUCUCUGAACUAAUGUUAUAAGAAUUGUAUGGUUGACAGUAAGGAGAAUUACAAAUUUGAUCUGGGAGUCCAAGGGCUAAUAAAUUGUUGCCUGUCACUCUAGUCAAAAUAAUUACCUUUUAGCCCCUAUUGAAUGUUUCACAGUCACUUGGUUUUGCUGAGUCUGAUUCCUACUUCAAAAUAUUUUGAAACCCUUGUAAGACCUGACUUACACCUAAUUUCCCCUUUCAGUAUCACCCCUGCAUCAAACAUUAAGGUCAACUUACAACUUGCAAAGCCCCUUGGUGUUCCCAGAAAUCUUUGGAUGUAACACAAGGAUUUGAUUAUUGCUAACUCAUUCUUUGAGUGGUGCAAAACCAAAGCUAAAGUUAUCACAAUGGCCAAAUGGAAAAAUAAUAAAUAUCAUAAGGAGACAAUUCCAACUAAAAGUAAGAAAUGGCAAUGAAGAAGAGGGUAAUUUGAAUGAGUGAAAAAAGUCAAGUCUUUUACAUUGUAGCUUCACAUCUGAUUGGUUAAACAGGAUGGUACAAUUUUGUUAAACCAAUCACAGAGCUAAUUUAAGCAAAAGCAGUGCAAUCUUGGAUUGCUUUCAACAUUUAAUGGAAAAUGGCUCCAAUCUUGUCAAUGAAUGCUAAUGUCCUUUAAUUUGUAUAAUUUCCAGUGUUGGCAGAAGGAGGGACGGCAAAUUACAAGUCGUAUGCUGAUAUUGACAAUGCUCCAGAGGAGAAGGCCCGUGGAAUCACAAUCAACACAGCACAUGUUGAGUAUCAAACGGACAGCAGACAUUAUGGACAUGUAGACUGCCCAGGUCAUGCUGAUUACAUCAAGGUAUGGGGAAUAUUGUUCAAGUUAACUUUAUUUUGACUUGACAUUAUGAAAUACAGUCGACUCUCACCUGGUAGACACUCUGCUAUGGCGAAACAUAUAAAGAAAUUACUGAAACACCUGUUAUUAUGGACUCUUGCUAUUACAGAAAUGCAGACACUUUUGCUCCCCCAACCACACCCAAAACUCAAAAACCAUAAACAUUUUUAAUAAUGUGUGAUGAAAAUAUGAAAGCGAUCUUGGCUGUAAUGAACACUGAUUAAGCAGUGGUGAAAAUAAGGUCUGAAAAAAAUUCAGGCCUGUAAGUGAUUUGAACCCAUGACUUCUGCAAUACUGGUGCAGUGCUCUGUGGACUGAGUUCACAAGCCAACUGGGAGCUGGUCAUCAUGUUGAUUUGUAAUAAACUUGUGAAGUGAUGAAAAUCAUAUGUAUGAUAUGUUUUCAGAACAUGAUCACCGGAGCUGCCCAAAUGGAUGGUGCUAUUCUAGUUGUGGCCGCAACUGAUGGUCAAAUGCCGCAGACGAGAGAACAUCUCUUACUUGCCAGUCAGGUUGGUACAGAUUGUUUUUCAUUGGCACAAUUACUAGUAAUUGUAACAUCAUAGUACACUUUGUUGGUUUUUUUUUUAACUCCCAGUAGUGACCAAGACAUAUUUUCUCCCUAGAAUGUCAAUGCAAUAUCAAGCAAACAAGUAAUGAGAAUAUAAAAAAUAUCAAUUUAGGGAUUAUUGUCUGAUCCAAUACUAAAUUCUCAGUAUUAACAUCAUAAACAAUGUGUGGUAAAGAACUCAAUGCUUGACUCACUAGGUCUCAAAGUUCAGUGCACUGGCUAUUCAACCGUCUUGCACUGUACUCAGAAAAGGAGCUGAAUUUACUUUCUUUGCUCAGCAUAAUUUGUUUUAUUUUUUUUUGUCUUUCAGGUUGGCAUUAAGCACCUUGUUGUGUACCUGAAUAAAGCUGAUGCUGUGGAUGAUGAAGAAGUUAUUGAACUGGUGAGCUGACAACACUAUGAUGUUUGGGAGUGUUGCUAUCCCUUCUUAACAGAAUGCUAGUCCAAUGCAAGUCCAAUGCUAGUUCAGUGCUAGUCCAAUGCUUGUCCAAUGCUAGUCCAAUGCUAGUCCAAUUCUAGUCUUUCACUUUUACUUGUUGAUUUUUUGGUACCCAUUUAUACCAUGGGGUGUAGAGAGAAAGAAAUUAAAUUGUUUUGCCCAAGAACACAACACGAUUAAGCACCACAAGCUUAAACCAAAGUGUUUCCAUUUUGCAUCUGGUGCACCAACCUCUAGGAACACCUGCCACAAAUAAACCAAACACUUACAUGAGAGUGCUAUUUGUGACAGUUUUUUUUUUUUUUUAACCCAAACAGGUUGAAUUGGAGAUGCGAGAGGUUCUAUCUGAGUAUGGCUUUGAUGGAGAGAACACCCCCAUUAUUUCAGGGUCUGCUCUUUAUGCAUUAGAGGACAAGGAACCAGCAAUGGGUAGAGAGACAGUUGUCAAACUCCUGAAAGCUGUGGAUGAGCACAUUCCUACACCAGAAAGAGAACUCGACAAACCCUUUCUCCUCCCUGUUGAAGAUGUUUUUUCCAUUCCUGGGCGAGGCACUGUGGUAACAGGCAGGAUUCAAAGAGGUACAAUCAAGAUUGGUGAUGAAGUGGAACUCGUGGGACAUAAAUCCAAGGCAAAGACGAUAAUCACAGGUAAACUGAAUGGAUUAAAAAAAAUGCAACUACAUGUGUAUGAUAAAAAGUGUUGAAACCUCCUCUGCUGGAACAGAUUUCCUCUUCAAAAAAUUUCACCUUAAAUUUGAUGGCAAUUAUUUAUACAUAUUUAUAUGUAUAUAUAAUAUAUGUGUGUAUAUAAUAUAUAUGUGUGUGUAUAUAUACUUGGUAAUUAAAAUGAGAAACAAACAUGUGCUUCUUUUUGAAAUGAGUUCCCCUCGUAAAUCAAUUUUGGAUUUACCAAUUUCAGCAUGUGUUGUAACCAAGAGUUCAAAUAACUUACUGCUUUUCCUUGGUGUCAAACGGACAAAGUGAACAUAUUUGCCUCUUGUGUUUCAGGUAUUGAGAUGUUUCACAAACUCCUUGACAGAGGGGAGGCUGGGGACACCUUAGGCGCAUUGCUCAGGGGGACUAAGAGAGACGAAGUCAGACGUGGAAUGGUGCUGUGUGCACCUGGAACCAUCAAAUCGCACAAAGAGUUUGAGGCUCAGGUACUGUAAUGAGUUGUUAUAUACACUCAUCUUAUAUGAUAUCAGCUGAGAAUGUUCUUUAUAAGUCUUAUGAACCUUUAGCCUUCCCCCUUCCCGCACUAACCACAGGAAGGCUCGCAUCGGCCGUGGGGCUUUAGAGGCAAAGGCUAGCAGAAUCGGCUGCCAUGAGUGACCAAGACAGAAUUUCUCUUCACAAUAUCAAUACAAUAUCAACUAGAUAGGCGAUAAGAAUAAAGAAAAAUAUCAAUUCGGAUAUAAUUAGUUGAUCCAAUACUAAAUUCUACAAACUAAUAUUAUAAUAAUUGUAUGAUAAGACAGGAAGGAGAAUAAUAAAUUUGAUCUGGGAGUUAAAGGGUUAAAGAUCCCUUGGUGGUCAAAUCUGUCAAACGGAACCUGAUCGCAGGCUGCCCAGAAACUGGAUUAUGGUACAAUUUGGGCGAUUCAAAGACGACAAGAAAAAUUGUUAACUCGGGUAUGAUGGAAUAGAUGGUAUAUGUUGGUCGUGAUGGUGAAACAAGAAAAUCGAAACAAACACGGUUAUGUGAGUGAACCAACUUGGCUUAGCUUUUGAAUCAGUUUUUACAUAAAAAAAUCUGAUCAACCUGUGUCUCGAACAGGUAAAUCGGCAAGGAGGUUUGACUUGGCUUGAGGGAGAACUUUUUCACUGAUGUAAACGCGCACAAAUAUUUUACCGCAGAAGGGUUAUCCUUUGAGUUUACUUGUAACCCAGGGUCAUGUAAAAGAUCCCUAAGAGAAAUCCUUAGUCGUCGUUUUUCUUAAACCUUACAGGUGUACAUAUUGAACAAGGAAGAGGGCGGACGCCAUAAACCGUUUGUAUCCAAUUAUCAGCCUCAGAUGUACAUCAGAACAGCAGACGUGUCGGCCACCAUAAGCCUCCCGGAAGGGAAGGAUUUUGUCAUGCCCGGGGAAGAUGCCUCAUUCACUAUUAAGCUCAUGUUCGACAUUGCGCUUGAGACUGGGCUCAGGUUUACCCUUCGAGAAGGCAGCAGGACUGUGGGGACAGGGGUGGUCACUAAGAUAAUCGAGUGA